GAACCAUAAAAAACCCUAACGACGAGGCGCCAGAACCAAAUAGCUUCGACGGAAAAACUAAAGGAAGAGAUCGAUCGAAGACCUCCAAUCAAGCACGAUCGAGGGUUGAAAGGAUGAAGGUUCACACUCUCCCUCUCCCUUCUUUCUUGUUUGGAUUUCGUUCUAGUUCCCAAUUUGCCUAUCAGGCUGCUAGGUUUUCAUUCGAUCGUAGCCACAAGUUAGGGCAGUGGCUAAGUCAGGAUUUAAAGUAAAAAGAGGUUGUAGAACUAAAAAUCUAGAACCGUUUUUUAGGAUUGACUCCCAGAGGAGGCUGAUUAAUUAUAUUUUGUGUUUCAAGUGAUAUUUAGAAGUGUUUUGGUGAUCUAAAAUUUUAAACUUUAAAGUGCGGUUUUUGACUAUAUUAGUUAGGAAAAUCACGAUUCUACAUAAAUUUUUUUAUUUAUUGUAUUAGUAAGGUUUAAAUCGCGAUUCUGACUACAUUGAUUGCAAGCAGAUAGACAUCUCCGACUCAGGACUAGAAAACAUGCCGGGUCGUCGAUCCUCGUGGCAGAAGAAACAGAUGAUCCAAGCUAUCGAACAGCAGAUCGCAGCAAAGUGGCUGGAGCAUCGAGUGAAGUCCGAGGAGAUAAAGGACGAGUAUGCUGCCAAGUUUAACGAGCUCUGGCUGAAAAGUGAGGGCGAUCCUAGGGUUGAUCACCAGCACAUGUCCAUUCUGGAGCGGCUUCCUCAGGAGGGUGCUGAUCUAUUGCGUGAAGUUAAAGCUAGGCUUGACGCCUUGAACGAUGCCAUCGGCGGUGAACUUAAUGAGCUGUGGAAACUCAAGUAUGCAAUUCAGUUCCAGAAAGCACCUGAACCCGAUCCUGCUGCUGCUGCUGCUGCUGCUUAUGUUACCAAUAAUCUCAGCCGCCUAACCAUCUGACUUGAGUGCAUGGAUCUGGGGGAGAUGAUGAGUGGAAUGAAGGGUUAAUGAUUCUGGCAUCUAGAUUUUGGAUGGUUUUGGUGAUUCGUUAUUGACUGAUUAUGACUUAUGAUCAAAUUGCUACUUGUUUCAUCCAGUUGCAUGGCCACUUUCUCUGUUUGAUCAUCUGAGGAUCUUAUUUGCAUAGAGUUUUGAAACCUUCCCAUUAAUGCUUCUAGCUCCGGGAAAUCUUUCCAUGCAUGACGUGAAUACAUAACAUAGAGUCUU